GAUGAGAGAGGUAUUAUCCUUUCGGACCAGGUGGUGGUGGUUGUGAGCCUGAAUUUGGGUUUGAUAAGCAUUUUCCUCAUGAUGGAUUUCAUCGUGAACACUGUGGUGAUAUGUAUGGGCGUAAUGGGCAGGGUGAUUAUUGGAAUUCCGUAGGGUUGGAUGGACGUGGUUCAUUGCUGCCACCUGAAGGUGGUUCCUUGAAGAGGAAAUAUGGAGACGGAGACGAACGAGACCCGAGAGAUCUAAGAGACCCAAGGGAUGAAUUUUCUAGGCAAAGACAGCAGCUUUUACAGUAUGGAAAUCCUAAUGGGUUUCCUUUGGGACAUGCUGACAGAGGUGGUGGUGAUUAUUUAGCUGGAACAAGUAGUCCAUUUGGUAGGGAUCCAAUGUUGUCCGCUAGAGGAAUGGAUGAUCAUAGGUCUCAAAAGCAUUUGAGAGUUGGAGGAGAUUAUGGUAGUUCACAUUCUCGGCAUGUUGGACAUGGGAAUGAUUCAAAUUCUAAGUUUUCUGAUGUUGAUACACAUGCAUUGAAGAAAUCGUUUCUCCACUAUGUGCAAUUACUAAAUGAAAAUCCUGCUCAAAGGAAGGAAUUUUUGGAGGAUGGAAAGCAUGGGCGUUUGAAAUGCCUCGCGUGUGGCAGGGCAUCUAAAGAAUUUUCGGAUGUGCAUGGUCUAAUUAUGCACACAUACAACUCAGUUGACUUGCGAGUAGAUCAUCUGGGCCUACACAAGGCUUUGUGUGUUUCAAUGGGUUGGAAUUAUGCAAAAGCUCCUGAAAACUCCAAGAGUUACCAGUCAUUAUCUGCGGAUGAAGCAGCAGCAAGGAGGGAUGAUCUUAUAAUGUGGCCACCUUUGGUGAUCAUUCAUAACACAAAUUCAGGCCGGGGUAAAGAUGGCCACGUGGAGGGUAUGGGAAACAAGACGAUGGAUAAUAAACUUAGAGAUCUCGGUUUUAUCGGUGGCAAGGCAAAGUCCUUGUUUGGUAAGGAUGGUCAUUUGGGCAUUACGUUGGUGAAAUUUGGAGCUGAUCAACCAGCCUUGAAGGAGGCCAUGCGCCUGGCAGAAUACUUUGAGAAGGAUAAUCAUGGGCGUGGUGGCUGGGCCCGUGCUCAAUCUCUACAGCCAGGUAGGAAUGAUGAAAAUAACCCUAACUUGGUCAGGGUGGAUCCGAAGACAGGCGAGAAAACUAGAAUCCUAUUUGGGUAUUUGGGAACUGCAUCAGAUCUUGACAAAGUUGAUUAUGAUACGAGGAAGAAGACCGUAAUAGAGAGCAGAAGAGAAUGCAGGCUUUAGAAUUAGUUGUCAGAUCAUAUGAGGUACAAGUAUGCCUCUUAUAAGCUAUAAGUUUAUGGUGAGGAUUAAACUCUUCUGUUUGCUCCUUUUCUUUUCUAUUAGUAUUGGAAAGGAGGUUCAGAAUAUGUUUACUGCAUUCAAUUAAUUCAGAAGCUCAAUAUGCUUGAUGACUGUUUUCUGGCAAACACUUGCACAAGCACUGCCUCAAUGGGGUUGGCAUUUUCGGGUUAACUGGUGCGACCCCAAACUAACCUUCAACCAUAACAUUGCUGGGUAGCCGCAUGAGCCAUGCUAAUUUUGUGUUUUUGUUUUCGUCUCUUGGGUAGCAUAGUAUGCACAGUAAAGAUAUUAGCUUUGGUUGGCGUGACAUUUCUGUUGAAUUUUAUAUUUCGAUUGUACAGUUGGCUAUGGCAGUGGUGUUCCUUCAA